AUGGCUUCCGGUCUUGAAGAGGUCCCCGAGGGACAGAUCGAGUCCAACUACGAUGAGACCACCGACUCCUUCGAUGCCAUGAACCUCAAGGCUGAGCUCCUCCGUGGUGUCUACGCCUACGGUUUCGAGCGCCCCUCUGCUAUCCAGCAGCGCGCCAUCAUGCCCGUCAUCAAGGGUCACGAUGUCAUUGCCCAGGCCCAGUCCGGUACUGGCAAGACCGCCACUUUCUCCAUCUCGGUCCUCCAGAAGCUCGACCCCAACGUCAAGGCUUGCCAGGCUCUGAUCCUCGCCCCCACUCGCGAGCUUGCCCAGCAGAUCCAGAAGGUUGUUGUCGCCAUUGGUGACUUCAUGAACGUCGAGUGCCACGCCUGUAUCGGUGGUACCAGCGUUCGCGAUGACAUGAAGGCCCUCCAGGACGGCCCUCAGGUCGUUGUCGGUACCCCCGGCCGUGUCCACGACAUGAUCCAGCGUCGCGUCCUCAAGACCGACUCCAUGAAGAUGUUCGUCCUCGACGAGGCCGAUGAGAUGCUGUCUCGCGGUUUCACCGAGCAGAUCUACGACAUCUUCCAGCUUCUUCCCCAGUCUACCCAGGUUGUCCUCCUCUCUGCCACCAUGCCCCAGGACGUCCUCGAGGUCACCACCAAGUUCAUGCGCGACCCCGUCCGUAUCCUCGUCAAGAAGGACGAGCUUACCCUCGAAGGUAUCAAGCAGUUCUACAUCGCCGUCGAGAAGGAGGAGUGGAAGCUCGACACCCUUUCCGACUUGUACGAGACCGUCACUAUUACCCAGGCCGUUAUCUUCUGCAACACCCGCAGAAAGGUCGACUGGCUCACCGACAAGCUGACUGCCCGUGACUUCACCGUCUCUGCCAUGCACGGUGACAUGGACCAGGCCCAGCGUGAUGUUAUCAUGAAGGAGUUCCGUUCCGGUUCUUCUCGUGUCCUGAUCGCCACUGACCUUUUGGCCCGUGGUAUCGAUGUCCAACAGGUUUCGCUGGUCAUCAACUACGACCUUCCCGCCAACCGCGAGAACUACAUCCACCGUAUCGGUCGUGGUGGUCGUUUCGGUCGUAAGGGUGUUGCCAUCAACUUCGUUACCGCUGAUGAUGUGCGCAUGAUGAGAGAGAUUGAGCAGUUCUACAGCACUCAGAUCGAGGAGAUGCCCAUGAACGUUGCUGACCUUAUCUAA